AUGUCGUCAGUCAUCUACCUCGUCCGUCACGCCGAAUCGGAGCACAACAUCUUGAAAGACUUCACACAACGAGAUCCACCUCUUACCCCUAGCGGCUUGGCCCAGGCAGCAAAUCUGACUGAAAAUUUCCCUGACCCAGCCUCAAUCGCCGUCGUUCUCACAUCUCCACUUACACGCACGUUGCAAACUACGACCGCCGGCUUCCCUCAAGUCUUCCGCAAAGAUGCAGCAGGUGGCGCCCAGCUCAUUAUCGACCCCGACCUUCAGGAGCGCAGCGACCUUCCUUGUGACACCGGGUCUGGACGUGCUGAACUGAGCAAAGCCUUUCCAGGUCUCGAUUUUGGGGACUUGGGGCAUGAAUGGUUCAUCAAAGAGGGGUUGUACGCCGCGGAUGAUGCUGCGGUCGUUAAACGAGCGCAACGAUUCCGCGAGAGAUUGCGUGAGAUUAUUGCUUCACUCGAGAAGGAUAGAGAAGAGAAUGACGAGAGGCGAAGGACGAAUGUAGUUAUUGUCACUCAUGGUGUGUUUAUGAAAUUCUUAGCUGAGGACGACGCGAUUGACCUCCCCAAGGCGGGCUGGAAAGCCUUUAGGAUGGAUAGUAGGGAGGGUGGAGGUGCUAUACUUAUUCCCCUGGAGUGA